AUGGGAGACCCCAAAGACCCUCACCUGGGGGAGAUAUCCCCACAGGACCCGCGCCUGCACAACGCGGGGCGGGAUCCUGCAGAGCGGAUGCUGAGCCGUGGUGCCCGGGGAUUCUGUGGAGGUAUCCGGGCCUGGGUUCCACUCCCGAAUCAGCAGCCCCUGCCCCUGAGCCAGUGGGGUGUGUGUGUGGGGGGGUCCCAUCUUCCCCCGCGACACACACAUGUGCACACUACAUGCUUAUUUGCAUGCUCUGUUGUGGUUGCCCGGGCCAUUGGAUCUGGAGGCUGCCGCAGGGCAUCUCCCCACACCCACAGAGGAGCUGCGGCCCCACAGAAGCCCCUCGCUGCCUCUCCUCUGUCUGGCCACGAUGACCCCCUGCAGCCUGGCUCUCCUGUUAGGAGGAGCCCUGCUGGCCGGUCAGUCCCCCCUUCCAGGCCCCACCCAGGCCACCCCGUUGGGGAGGGGGGUCCCAGGGGAAGCCCCAGGCCGGGGAGGGGGUACACGAGGCCUCCCGAGAGGGAUCCGAGUCCCACUCUGUUCUUUCCAGCCUCCCAGCCCCAGGUGGUCCAGCUGGACGCGGUGCAGGUAUUCCCGGGGCAGACGGCCAAGCUGUUCUGCGCUCUGAGCCCCGGCUACAGCAUCCGGGACUAUGGCGUUUCCUGGUACCAACAGCGGGCGGGCCGCUCCCCGCGCUACCUGCUCUACUACCACUCCCAGGGGGACAGCCACCGGCCGGACGACGUCCCCAGCCGCUUCUCCGCCUCCAAGGACCCGGACAGGAACGCCUGCAUCCUGACCAUCCGUGAGGUCCAGCCUGAGGACGACGCCAACUACUUCUGCUCGGUGGGCUACUCCGUCUUCUACCAGUAGGCCCGUGCCGGGGCGUGGGGGGUGGGGGAUUCUCGCUUCCGGACGGUGGAGCAGGAGGGGAUUCGGGCCCGACUUGGUUGGUGGACGUCGGGGGGCUCUGACCCGCCCUGGUCUUCCUGCCGGCCUGUUGCAGGGGGAGCCGGAGCCAGAGAAGGAGGAACCAGCCCCCUCGGGUUCUUGUUCUCCGGGCGCUGUCCGGGGCUCAGCUUCUCCCACUUCCUUCCUCCCGAAUCUUGUUGGCUAUCUGGUCGGGUCUGGAACUCUGUGUUGCUGCUCUCCCCACUUUCUCCGCUUAAGGGAGAGAAGGCCCAGAUACAGAGAGCCCUUCGACGCUGAGCCUGACCCUGACCCUAAUGCUAUCCUCACCCAACACUGACCCUAACCCCCUCCCACUCAGCUCUAACUCUUACGCUCAGAAUAGUGUGUUCAAUACCAUAGAGUUAGCGGACACGUUCCCUGCCCAUAACGAGCUUGUAGUCUACAGAGGAGUCAGCUAACUUCUCUGGGCCUCGGUUUCCUCGUCUGUAAAAUGGGGACCCGAUGCCGCUUCUCCCUCGCUGACCCUAACCCUGACCCCCCUCGUCCUCCUCUUAAUGCUAACCCUGACCCUAGCCCUUACUCUGACCCUUACGCUCACCAUACUGCUGACCUUUAAUGCCGAUCUUAACCCUGAUCCCUUUCUCCUCCCCUCAGUGCCAUCUCCCCCUAACCCUCACCUUAAUCUUGACCCUCACCCCAACGCCCCCCUAAUGCUGAGCCUAACCCUGCCCCUCCCCAUCUCUCUAUGGCUCACCCCGCCGCUUGACCCCCCUCCCCUGAUGCCCAUUCGGACUUCCAGCGGCACAUGUAGAGCGUUGGCCCCUUUACUGUUUUUUUUUUAUUUUUUUUAUGGUAUUUGUUAAGCGCUUACUGAGUGUCGAGCACUGUUCUGCUCUCCGUUGGAUCUUCCCACGGUUCCUUGGGCUUUUUCCCUGGAGUAUAUCCGAAAAUGAACCCAGCUACAUCAGAGAGGGAGCGACUGCUGUGGUCACUGAAUA